CUGGAGGGUAGUGAACUUGUGCCGUGGACAAGAACCGAAGUUGAUUUGCAAUCAUCAGUUCUUGAACCUCAACCUUCUACUCCUAUGGACCCCAUGAUGAUAGAAGUCACUGUCACUCCCCAGAUUAGUCCAGUUGCAACAAAAGCGAGACCAACUGAAGAAGUUGGUACAUCGGCCGAUGUUGUGACUAGAAUUGAAUCUCCUCUUAAAGAGUCUCUUAGUUUGGACCCGCCGUCCUCUGAGACUUUAGUUGAAAAAGUCCCUGAUGUAGCGGGUGCAUCAACAGCUACCAUUCCUGAACCAAUCUUGACUGUUCAGGAAUCCAGAUUAUCAUCCUUGAGCGAACCAAGUCAUGCUGAAGGUUCUUCCGUCGAAUUUGUUCCUUCAUCAUUAUCAACUCAAAUCCAAGCGUUAUUGGUUGAUGACGAUCCGGACAAGUCUGUUAUCUGCUCUAAUCUCCAAGGCUUCAUCUCCUUUUUGAACUCUAUGGUCGAUCGCAUUCUCUUCAAAAGAUCGUAUUUUGAGAAUUAUAAAAAAUCUUUUGAGCGUUUUAUAUCAGGGUUCAGAGAGGAAGGGUAUAACGACUUAGCCGAUUCAGUCACCGCUUAUUUGGUUGAUUUGAGGCAACAUAUUGAACUUCUGCAAACUCUUCGCACCAAAGGCGUACCUUUUUACAUCGCUUCUCAUAUGGAAUCCAGGCUGCAAGCGUGGCGUAAUUCUCAAGAAUCUGCCAACUCUGAACUCCAACAAUUAAGAGCCCAUAGUCACCAGCUUAGGGUGAAUAUUGGCAAAAGGACACAAGCCAAGGUCAACCUACGCCGAGAUAUAAAAUCGAGUCGAGCGGAAAUAGCUCGCUUAGAGGAGGAACUUGCAAUGGCCAAGGAUGCUCUUGAUGUCUUGGAGUCUGAGUUGACGCAGGAAAUUCAUGUUGAGGAAGACCUGUUACAGCAACUGAACUUUCAAGAUAAAAUAAUUGCUGAGAAGGAACAAGAGGUCGCCGCGCUUCAAAGUGUUGAUGAAGAAGCUUUCAAAAUUAAAUUGACGGCUGAGCUUGAACAGACUUAUGCGUUAGAGCUGUCAAAACUUGAAAAUCAAAUUAGUCAAUAUAAACUCUUGUAAUCGGAGAACAUUAUAUUUUUGUUUGUAGCUUUGUUUGAAAAUUCUUGGUCAAUAUAGUGAACCUUUUUGCUCAUUAUAUUGAAUCUUUUUGCUCAUUGAGGUUUUUUAUUAUGAUUACUCAU